GUUUUGAAAGGCGCAAAGCUCGCGCUGAGAAGAUAAACACACACACACACACACACGCUUACACACACACUUACACACACACACACAGGACGAGCGCCGAGUUAAUCCUGAGUGCUGAAGUUUUGAGCCAAAAUGGCGGAUGACACAGACAUGAGGAACGAGCUGACAAACCUGCAGGAGCGAGCGGACCAGCUGGGCGACGAAUCGUUAGAGAGUACUCGGCGCAUGCUACAGCUGGUGGAGGAGAGUAAAGAUGCUGGCAUCAGGACUCUGGUUAUGCUGGAUGAACAGGGAGAACAACUGGAGCGUAUUGAAGAAGGGAUGGAUCAGAUCAACAAGGACAUGAAGGAGGCAGAGAAGAACCUGACGGACCUGGGGAACCUCUGUGGACUCUGUCCUUGUCCCUGUAACAAACUGAAAGAGCGAGGGCAGAAUUGGGGAAAUAAUCAGGAUGGUGUUGUCUCCAGUCAGCCUGCUCGUGUGGUAGAUGAACGUGAGCAGAUGGCCAUCAGCGGUGGUUUUAUUCGCAGAGUGACAAAUGAUGCACGUGAGAAUGAGAUGGACGAGAAUCUGGAGCAGGUCGGGAGCAUCAUCGGGAAUCUGCGUCACAUGGCUCUGGAUAUGGGCAACGAGAUCGACACUCAGAACCGGCAGAUCGACAGGAUCAUGGACAUGGCUGAUUCCAACAAAACGAGGAUUGACGAGGCCAACCAGCGCGCCACAAAAAUGCUAGGAAGUGGCUAAAAGUCCACAGAAAUUACUAUCCUUCUGUCCCACUUCCUGUUUCCUCUUCUAUAUAUUCACUUGAUAGCUUUACACACACACGUAUACACACACACGUAUACACACACAUGUAUACACACACAUGUAUACACACACAUGUAUACACACAUAUUGUAAGAGUUGCUUUUCUCUAUUAUAUAGCAGUGAUGAGUGAGUCAUGAUUCAUUCCUUUUAAAUGACUCAUUUAAGUGAGUCAUGUGAAUCUACCUGCAAUCACAAACAAAUCUCACACUGAUUCUGAAAAUUGAGAAACUUUCUAACUUCCUGUCAGUUAAAGUUUCUGUCUGUUGUAGAAAAUAUUCAAAAAAAACCUUCUGAACUGAAAUGACACAUCUCAAAAAAUGGCCAAUACUUUUAUCAGUUUGAAUCAGCACAGUUUUACACUUAAUGUACAGAUUAUAGGAAUUUAUAUAGAGUAAUCAUCAAGCCUCAUGCAGGUCACGUGACAGGAGUCUGUGCUGUUGGUUUGAUUCCCAGGCAGAGAACUAAACCAGCCAAUGAAGGGUUAACUCAGCACCAGUCCCAAGCCCAGAUAAAAUGGGGGGGGGGGGGGGGUUUGCACAGGGAUGGGCAUCUGGGGUAAAACCUGUGGACCAGAUAAUGUGCUGUGGCGACCCUGAACAGGGACAACAACAACAUAGAGAUUAAUCAUCAACACCUGAGUCAAAUAAUCAAAUGAAUCAAAUUGAAUUGAAUCUGACUCACUUAAAUGAGUAGUUAGAAGAAGUUUAAUUAGUGAUUCAUGAUAUUCAUCACUCACUGAUAACCACAUGCUAUAAAUACACACACACACUGUUCUGUACAUCUAAGUGUAUGUAUAUAUACAGUGCAGCAUCUGAUGACUCUAAUGUGAAGCUGUUUUUUAUGUAUUUUAUUUUAAUCUUUCCUGAAUAUCAUGUAACAACAGAUCACUACACAUCUAAUUAUAUUCCAUCUGUCAAACUUCCUCUUUCUGUCUCUCUCUCUCUCUCAUACAUACAUGAGAGAGAGAGAGAGAGAGAGUUAUAUGUCCUGUACAAACUAGACACAAACUGUGUCUAGUUUAUGUUUAGUUUUUCAUGGACAUGUUGAAUUUGCACACGAGAUUCAGACAAAGAUAAUUAGAAUAAAUGAUGAGACUGUGUGUGUGUGUAUGUGUAUGUGUAUGUGUAUGUGUGUGUGUGUGUGUGUGUGUGUGUGUGUGUGUGUGUGUGUGUGUGUGUGUGUGUGUGUGUGUGUGUGUGUGUGUUGUGUGUGUGUGUGUGUGUGUGUGUGUGUGUGUGUGUGUGUGUUGUGUGUGUGUGUGUGUUGUGUGUGUGUGUGUGUGUGUGUGUGUGUGUGUGUAUG